GUUGCUCAUAGUGAUUUUUCGCAGCAUUGAGUUAUGAACAGUCAGGAUUAUGGCGGCAUCCAAUGGAUACAACAGCACUCCGAAUCAUCGGAUCUGCUGGAAAACGGCGCCAACGAAAAUGAGGUGACUGCAGCCGCCGCCUAUUUGGUCAAUGGCAAUGCCACCGACGAGGAUCUCGAUCAUAUGGCGGCUGAGAAUCUCAUCUUUAUGGCACGCGACGGCCAGUUAAGCGAGAUCAUUGCCGCCAAUGAAGCUGGCGGUGGAACAGUUUUGAUCACAGACAGUGGCGUCGCCUAUGCAGAAUCCUUUGAUGAUGAUGCUCAAGUGGUCACCGAGGAGAUCAUCACUGAUGAUUGGGUGCAACACCAAGGCGCCGAGCGCGUGGAAAUCGCUGCCGAGCAAAUUGCGGGCAAUGCCAAUGCGUUGGAGCUGCUGGAUAUGGAGCAGGACGAGUAUACGGCGUUGCGCCCAUAUCCCUGUGAUUUCUGCAGUCGGCGUUUUCGCAAAAAGGCCAGUCUUAAUAAUCACAUGCUUGCCCAUCAAACGGAUCGCCCGCAUCUCUGUAAAUUGUGUGGAGCACGCUUCUCGCGCCGUGCCGAGCUAAUAAACCACUUUAAAGCACACGCCGAGGCCCAGGAUGCAGCUGAUGCGGAGGCUGCAUCGGCGGCAGCGGCAGCGAUUAAAUUUGAACCACAGCAACAGCAGCGGCAAAUUGUUGAUCAUUUCUAUGAGCAAGAGUGGCCCAUGUAUCCCGAGCAAGAACAGGAGCAAGAGCAACAACAGCAGCAGCAGCAACACAUUCAGGACACCGAGCAACUAACGGUGGUGCAGCAGGCCAGCUAUGCGGAGCCAGUGGCGGCGCCAACAGCGGUACGAGGACGCAUCAGCCGUCUCAAGCCCAAGGAGGAGAGCACACAGUAUAUUGUACUUGCAGAAAAGCAGGCGGCAGCUGAUGAACUCCAGCAGUUUAUGGAACAGUUGCCGGCGGAACUGGACAGUGCCACAACAACAACGGCAGCAGCAGCCGCCAUAGAAUCCCCAGCCACAACAGAUAAUCAACAGGCGUCUGAAGCUUCGCGUUUCCCAGUGCUGGACGAGAGCAAACCAUUUGUUUGCCAGCAAUGUGGCUUGGCGUUUGCGCGCGAAAAGGCGCUUGUGUCACACAUUAAGAAUCAUCGCGUGGAUUCGCCUUUCGAGUGCAAUCAGUGCCAGGAAAUGUUCUGGGACACGCACAGUUUGCAGGAGCAUCAGAAGACGCAUCAGUUCGAGGAGAGCAACUCGGAAUAUGAUCCCGCCUCGGCAGGCGAAGAUAGCGCCAGCGAAUCGGAAGCCGAACAGCUUUAUGGUGAUUUCUAUUGCACAGAAUGCGGCAUUUCGUUUCAUCGCCAGGAUCUGUUGCGACGUCAUGCCAAACAGCAACAUGCCACAGAGGGCAGUGCAGAUGCUGAGGGCGAGGGCGACGUCGGCGAUGGCGAUGCCGAGAAUACCAAAGAUGCGACGCAUUGUUGUGACACAUGCGGCAAAUCAUUUGCUCGUGCCUUGGAGCUGCGUGCUCACGCCGAGAUUCAUGCACGUUUUCCGCCUUUCAAAUGCGUCUUGUGUGGCAUCAGUUUCUAUGAGGAACAGGCCAUCAAACGUCACUUGCACACGCGUCAUCCACACGAACUGAAGCCCAACUCGUGUGUGCUCUGUGGUAAAGAGUGUCGCGAUCGCAAAGCGUUGAUCAAACAUGCCUGGGACCAUUCGCGUGAAAAAUGCCACUCGUGCUCCAAGUGCGGCAAGAACUUUCACAACAAGGCACGCCUGAAGCGACACAUGGCCUCGCAUCGUGAUAAAUCCGUCAUUUGCGAGGUGUGCCACGAGGAAUUCCCCGACGGACGCACACUUUCCAAUCACCGACAUUCGCAUAGCACAACGUCGCCGGGCAAACUCUUUCCCUGCCACGAGUGCGGCAAAACUUUCGGUUCGCGCAGCUCCCAGCAGAUUCAUGUGCGCAUUCACACGGGCGAACGUCCGUACGGGUGUCGCUACUGCUGGAAGGCCUUCGCCGAUGGCGGCACCUUGCGCAAGCACGAACGCAUUCACACCGGUGAAAAGCCUUACGCCUGCUCCGUGUGCCCACGGGCCUUCAAUCAGCGUGUCGUUCUGCGCGAGCACAUACGCUCGCAUCAUUCGGGACUCGAUGCAGUGCGGGGCACUUAUUAUUGCACCGUCUGCACUGCGGAUCUGUCCUCUUCCAAUGAGCUUAUCCAUCAUCUCAUUCAGCACAGCGACACAAAUACCGCCAAGCAACGACAGCCAAUCACUGGUCCCCGCAAAUACAAGCGACGAAGGAAACUGCAACCGCAUGAAAUUGCGCACAUGCGGGCAGAGAACAAGGAUGGCGAUGAGUAUGCCAGCGACAUGGAUCUCGGUGAACUGGACGUGGAAAACGUGGACGAUUUCUUCGAUGGCGCCCAUGCAGCGCCCAGCAAAAAGGAGAAACGCAAACGCAAUGCUGCUAGCCAAACAAAGCCAGCGGCCAAUGGAGUUAAUAACAAUGCAACGACACCAGCUAAAUCCGGUAAUCAAGAGCGUGGUUGGGACGAUAAAUUCCUACAGGCCAAUAGCAAUGGCAAUGCCGGAGGCAGCAACGCUGCAAACGAUGACGCUUUUAAGAGCAUCUUUCAAAUCGAUUCGAUGGUUAUGGUCAAUGACACCACACUGCAGCCGAUCAGCACAUCCAGCAGUGGUGCUGCAGUUGCGUCAAAGACGCGUCGCAGUGCCAAGCAAACGCCACAAACACAGCAGCAGACACCGAACAACAAGUCGGGAGCAACAGCGACCAACGAGUCAAGUACGACGGUAUCUUCGAGCACUCGCAGCAGCCGCAAAAAAAAACUGAAAUCCAGCAAAGCGACAAGCGCAGCGACGGCAGCAGCUGCUGCAAGCAGUUCCCGUCCACGCAUGAUCCAUACGGAAAAGACCCGAGUGCCGCAAGAGAAUGCGACAAAGAAGUCGACGCGAGGUCGUUCGUAUGUGACGCGGACAAAUGCCAGCGAAACCAGCAGCAGCCAGCAGCUAGGUGGUCUGGUCAAGUCGAGUGGCGUCGCCAGUUCGUGCAUUGUGGAUGACUAUGAGAUUAUAUCGCCCGCCACCCAGCCACCGAAUCAGAUCAGCUCGAGUCCGCUGCACAUUAAGCAGGAACAGGAGCAGCAUCAGCACCAACAGCAGCGCGGGUCGCUCAUGUACGAUGACACACAUCUGCUGAUCGAUACGGCGCUGUUGCGCGAGAAGACCUACGAGAAGUUCAAUCCCAGCAUUGUCAAUGAUCUCGAGGAGAUAUUGCGCAGUCCGCUGAAGCAUGAUCGCAAUGCGAGGCUUCGUUUCACCAGCGAAUCGUCGACAACGCCACAGUUUCUGCCCGAAGAGGAACAGAAUCUGAUUAAAAUCGAACCAACGUCGCCGGAUCUGCGUGAAAUGGUCGAGAGUCAGCAGCGCGUUAGCUCCGCUGGACAUGGCGGCACACCCACAUCGUCAUCAUCGGCGGCGCGUACUUCACGCCAUCUGCGACAAUUAACUGCCAACUCGAGUUCACGAACUGCCGCAAAACGUGGCAGCAACAGUAAAGCUGGAUCCACGUCGAGUGCCAAGAAAUCCGCAUCAUCCUCAUCGUCAUCGUCGUCGUCUGUGGCCGUUAGCAAAGCCAGCAACUCGUACCUCAGCUAUGGCGUUGAUUCCUACCAUGUGAGUGUGGCUGGCAAUGCCAGCUCUUCGGAUGUCAGUUCUGGUUUCUUUUCCAUCUCUGAAGUGGUCUCCGCUGCCGAUGCCGCCGAUGCAGCUGCCAAGGCAGCAGCCGCCAAUAAACCGGAGCGUCGCGCCCGUUGCUAUGAGUGCGAGAUGUGUUCGGCCAACUUUCCGGAUCGAGCUCAGUUGCUGGAGCAUGUGCAUAUACACAUCUGAUCAAUCAAUAUACAUAUGUGUGUUGAUACGGAGAGGGAAUUGUUAUUGGAACUGUUUUGUAGCGCUUGUUAGUAACACAACUGUUAAGUUACUAAAACUAAAUGAAGGAAAAAAAAAACAUGUAAUGAAAAGAAAACUAAUACCACAAUUAAUGUAAUCAUUAAGUUUUUGCUUAAGUUUCUCGCAGGAACAAACGUAUUUUUUGAAAUAUUUACGUACAUUUCAAUUACAAAUUGGAAACACUGUUAGGCGAGACGAAUAAUCUAUAUAUAAACCUAUAAAAAUGAUAUAUAUAUAAAAAUAUGUAUAAUACAAACAUAUACUGUAAUAUAGGAGCAUUGAGAGAUCGUUGAUUAAUGCGUUAUUUAAAUUGCGUAAAGAGCGUAGCUAUAAGGCUUUUUAAAUUUGUACCUCAAUUUUGUUUCUAAAGAAUUGGUAUGCUGAAGUAAAUAAAUCCAUAAUGGUUUUUCAUUUAAAAA